AUGGAUCAACCUCAAGGUUUUGAAGUUGAAGAUAGGAGGUUGGUUUGUAGGUUGAGGAAAGCCCUUUAUGGUCUCAAACAAGCUCCCCGAGCUUGGUUUGAGAAGUUAACAACAACUCUGUCAAAGUUUGGGUUUGUGUCUAGCAAGUGUGAUCAUUCAUUGUUUUUGAGAGUCACCUCCCAACAUACCACCUUUGUUCUAGUGUAUGUUGAUGACAUGCUUAUUAUAGGGAGCUCUCAAUCAGUUGUGACCAGUUUAAUCCAAGCUUUGAAUAAGGAAUUCUCUGUUAAAGAUCUUGGUGAGCUGAAUUAUUUCCUUGGUAUUGAAAUGAAUAAACUUCAAGAUGGUUCCCUGCAUCUUUCACAGAGUAAGUAUGUUAAAGACUUACUACAAAGAGUUCAUAUGUCUCAAGCUAAAGGAGUGGAUACACCUAUGCCAACCAGUCUUAGGUUGUCUAAAGUGGAGGGUGAACCAGUUGUUGAUGCCAUAACCUAUAGGUCGGUUGUUGGAGCUCUCCAAUAUGCUACCGUAACCAGACCUGAGAUUUCAUAUGCAGUUAAUAAAUGUUGCCAGUUUAUGCAGCAGCCUCUGGAGCCUCAUUGGAAGUUAAUCAAGCGUAUUUUGAGGUACUUGGCUGGGACAGUUAGUCAUGGGCUGCACUUGAAGGCUACACAGAAUUUGUGCUUGUAUGCAUUUUCUGAUGCAGAUUGGGCAUCGGAUAUUGAUGAUAGACGAAGUACUACUGGCUUUUGUGUUUAUCUAGGUGAGAACUUGGUGUCUUGGUCUUCUAAGAAGCAACACACUAUCAGCCGCUCGAGUACAGAAGCUGAGUAUCGUGGGAUGGCACACGCAGUAGCUGAAGUUGCUUGGAUACAAUCACUCCUUAGGGAGAUGAAUGUGACUCUAAGGAAAGUGCCAUUGUUGUUAUGUGAUAACCUCAAUUCUAUCUUGUUGUCUGCGAAUUCCAUCUUGCAUUCUCGGACAAAGCAUAUGGAGCUCGAUAUUCAUUUUGUUAGAGAGAAGGUUAUUAGGAAAGAGUUGGAGGUUGAGCAUGUUACUUCUACCGAGCAAGUAGCUGAUGGCUUGACUAAACCAGUUUCUAGCCUUCGAUUUGAGUUGCUGAAGAACAGAUUAGGAGUUCGAGAUUUGCAGAAAUGUGCUGAACGAGGGAGAACGAGGGAGGUUCAAAUUACCGGGGGCAUGUUAACAGAAUUAGUUAAGAUAGAAGUCUGUUAA